AUGGUCCACAAACUAGGCCGCAGGGCUAACAAUGGCGAAUCCUCCUCAAUAGCAAUACCGCCCCCGCUUCCUCCCUCAGUCGAGGAGGCCUACCGCCGAAAGUGCGUGCAGCUCAAGCGGCGUACGAACGAGGUCGAGGAGGACAACGAGGCCGCGCGCCUCCGCCUGCUCCGCCUGCGCCGCGGCGUGGAGAAGCUCCGUCUUGAGCGCGCCUUUCUGCUAGACCAGCUGGCCAAGCGUACCAGCACCAACGUCGAGGACUCCGACGGCAGCCCGAGCCCGCCACCGACACCUCAGGACAAGCCGCUGCGCAGCAAGCGUGGCCACCGCAAGCCCUCUGUCGUCGCCGCCCUGGAGUCCGGCACUAACGGACCCCCGCCCACUUUCAUCAAUCAGAACGAGCCGCUUGCCCAGCGCUCCAAUGGCGUGAGCGACAGCGGCGGCAGUAGCAAGACCGCUAAAAAGCAGUCCGCCAGUGCGUUCGAGCUCUACUGCGCUGAGCACCGCGCCGCUGCCGAGGAUUCAAAAGAGGAGGAUGUGACUGUUGAGGAAGAGCUGGCUCGUGGCUGGAAAGAGCUUCCUCAGAGCCAGAAGGACGAGUACACAGCCAAGGAGAAGGAGGCUGCUGUGGACAAGGACAAGGACAAUGAGAAAGAUAAGGACAAGGACAAGGACAAGGACAAGGAAGAAGAAAAGACCAAAGAGGCGAGGUCUGCAGCUGCCGAGUCACCAGCUGAGGAUACACCUGCUCAAGACGACGAUGUGGAAAUGGAGAAUGAGGACUAG